AUGUUCAUCAUUGCACGUGCUGUUGCUGGGAUUGGGUCGUCUGGCCUUCUAAAUGGAGGUUUGACCAUGAUCUCAGCCGUUUUGCCUAAACACAAACGCCCAGGUACUGGUGGGAUUGGGCAUUGGUACUUCAAUCUCGAUGGUGAGCCCUUUCCAAUGGUUGCUAUGCAGAACAUCGUCUCCCACGAUCAAAUACCAGUCGCGAUGGCUAUUCUCGUUUUUAGCAUGAACCUAGGCGCUUCUUGUUUCCUAGAGUUUAGUCUCACUGUCUUUGCCGAGGGAUUGAAGCACAACAUCCCCAAAUAUGCCCCUUCGGUUGAUCCAAGAUUGGUUAUCCAGGCUGGCGCGACGAACUUCCGGAACUCCAUUACCGAGGAUACUAUCCCGGGGGUUCUGAAAGCAUAUGCAGUCAGUAUUUAUCAUAUCUUCUACCAUCUCACUGGGAUAACUGCGCUCGCGUUUCUGUUUGGAUGGUGUAUGGGCUGGGAAGAUAUCCGAAAGAAUCGUCCCAAGCCUGAUGAGAACUCCACAAAUGCUUGA